AUGGCCAACUUUGUAAAUAACAGAGCACUGACCAACUACCGACCUGGCAAUGGCGAAGUCGGCGACGACAGCGACGACGAGAUGUAUGGCAGCGACGACUCGGACAACAGAUGUAUCUAUGCGGGCCACACUGUGCCUGACUACGAUCUCACGCAGAUGCCAGAGUACGUGUUCCAGCAGAGACGGCUGCACCUCGAGCGUCCGAACGCGUUUACUACCAUGAGGUGGCAGGACCGGUACACGAAGCAGCGGCGCGCAGAGGACAGGGACACGGCGGUGUGCCGGCGUCCCGCCGCCGACGACGAUGACGAUGGAGACAUCCAGUGCUGCCCCGACUGCGGCCGGGGUCACACACUGACCGAUCGCCAGAGGAUCGAUCAGGCCGCUGAGGUGCUCGGCCUGCACAGGGUGACGGCGGACGAGCAGGGCGCGGAGUGGGUCGUGCCGGGGAUGAAAACGCCGUUGCUGAAUCACCAGGUUCUGGGCGUCAGGUGGAUGAUCGACCGUGAGAUGGGCCAGACGCUUCCGAGGGGCGGAUUGCUGGCGGAUGGCAUGGGGAUGGGGAAGACCAUGCAGGCUAUCGCGACGAUCUGUAGGAACUUACCUGACCCGUCGGCAGCGCCGCGAGGAAGACGGCGUGAUCGUAUGGUGCCCAGAGUCACACUCAUCGUCGCACCACUCGCGGUGCUGGCACAAUGGAAGACCGAGAUCCAGCUGCACUGCGAGGCAGACUUGCUUCGAGUCCACAUCCAUCACGGCAACCACAAGCUUAAGACUGUGGAAGCAUUUCACCGCUACGACGUCGUCCUAUGCACAUACCAAGCGGUCCUACACAGCUUCCCUCACCAGCUCGAGUGCAGACUCAAUCCCGGCAUGACCCCGCGCGAGGAGCGCCGGUGGUGGUCGCAGCGCGGUAUCCUGCAUCGCAUCAUAUUCUGGCGCGUGGUCCUGGACGAAAGCCAGCUCGUCAAGAACCCGCAGGGACAAAUAUCGCUGGCCUGCCAGGCCCUCGAGGCGGUAAACACAUGGGCGCUGUCCGGUACGCCGAUCCAGAACCGACUCGAGGAUAUUUUCCCAGUGAUCCGGUUCCUGCGGCAUCCGCUGUAUGGAGCUGUGAAGGAUUGGAGGACGUUGAUGGGGCCUGCAUUCGAGCAUGACGAUAUUGGGAAGGCGAUGAAUGUCAGUCAGAUCCUGAAGGGGUUUGUGCUGCGCCGCACAAAGAACGAUACGCUCUUGGGGGACAAGCUGAUCACACUGCCGGAGAAGCGCGUCGUCAUGCUGAAGAUACGACUGUUGCCGUACCAACAACGGGCAUAUACCCUUUUUGUAGCCGCAGGGCUCGCCGCGGUGAACAAGUUUGUCCUCGAUGGAUCUGUCAAGGCGAAUGUGGUGGGUGUUUUGGCGAUGAUCCUGAGACUGCGGCAGGUCUGUAAUCACCCGUAUCUCACCCUGAUUACCAAUGGCAAGCCCAUCGACAUGAUCGAUUACCUGAAGCAUCUACGGUACCCAGCCCGAGCACGAUCUUCGCAAAACGGCCGAAUCCGGUUCGUCGAGCGCAACGACCCGACCGUAUUCGUGCACAGCUCCAAGACGCUCGCGCUGCUGGAACAACUCGAGAAGUGGAAGAGGAGAUAUCCAAACGACAAGAUUGUGAUCUUUUCGCUCUUCACCAAGAUGCUCGACAUCGUCGAGUACAUCGUGCGCAACGAGGGGUGGACGUGCCAGCGGUACCAGGGCCGCAUGAGCAUGGCCGAGCGGGAGGAGGCACUGAGCGCGUUCCGCGACCACGACCAGAUACUGCUGGUUUCGCUGAUGACUGGCAGUCUCGGCCUGAAUCUCACGUUCGCGAACAGGGUCAUCUGCUUGGACCUGUGGUGGAAUCCGGGAGUCGAGCUGCAGGCGUUCGAUCGCGUGCACCGGAUGGGGCAGAAAAAGAGGGUCGAGAUACGCCGCUUCGUCACGGAGAGAAGUACUGAGAUGCGCAUGCUCGGCCUGCAGCGGAGCAAGCUGGCACUGGCCGUCACUGCGCUCGACGAAACUGGGAAGGAUGAGGGGACGAUCGCCGCGCUAGAAUCGGGGCAUUUGACCGAGGAGGAGUUGCUAAGUUUGCUUGGAAAGAUAGAGCAGAAUAAACAAGGACGUCUGGAAUUGGUUCCGUAUGAAGGAGACACGCCGUUACAACAAUUGUUUAUAUCAUAG